ACUCCACAGCUUGCAGUGUAAUUAGCAAACAGAGCACCAGUUUACUCACUCUGCACUGGUCUUAUUUUCCACGUUAGCUUCCUUCUCCUCCUGGACGAGUGCUAUCGCUUCCAGUCUCCCAUUUGCUUGUCCUGUAAACACCGCUGUUGUGUGUGUGUAUUUUGGAGAAGAACCCGUGCGUCCCUUUAGCUACAUUUUGGAAGCGCGAGACUACUUCGGACAAAUUGGAAGAGUGGAUCCGUUUACCCCUUGAUAUAUGUGUGGGUGAGCGCAACGUAGUUUAUCCUGCACCACUGGAAAGAAUGUUAUGAAGGAAGAAUGGAGUUCCCAGACCAUAGCCGCCAGUUGCUGCAGUGUCUGAGUCAGCAGCGUCACCAAGGUUUCCUCUGUGACUGCACUGUUCUUGUCGGGGAAGCUCGAUUCAAAGCGCACAGAGCCGUGCUGGCCUCCUGCAGCAUGUACUUCCAUCUCUUCUACAGGGACCAGCUAGACAAAAGGGACGUUGUGCAUCUCAACAGUGACAUUGUGACAGCCCCGGCUUUCAGUUUGCUCCUUGAAUUUAUGUAUGAGGGGAAGUUGGAAUUCAGCACUCUGCCUGUGGAGGAUGUUCUGGCAGCAGCCAGUUUCCUCCACAUGUAUGAUAUAGUGAAAGUGUGCAAAGGCAAGCUUAAAGAUAAAGAACUUUCCUCCUUGGAUGAAAAGAUAGGAAAGGGUUUGGGACUCAGCUGUCUGGACAGGGAAAAUUCCUCAGAUGGUGAGCUGCACAGUAAGCAGCUCAUUCUGCGACAGUCACAUACACAGUCUCAGGGGCUUCACAGGGCCCCCCCUACAGAAGAGUUUGACAUGGACAACAGUGAAGUCAGGCUGGCUGUCACAGAUUGUGAUAGGUCUACACAGAGCAGGCAGAAGGCGAACGGUCACUCUGGCAGGUCCCCGGACCUUGUAGGUGUCAAUUAUGUGUCAACAGAGGCCGAGCCCUGCGUCCAAACAGCUGGAAAAACAAAAGCUGAUGUCAGUAGUUCCACCGUAUUGCUGUCCCAGAGGUCCCGGGCUUCAGAUGACAUGGACUGUGCACUGGAUUUGUCUUUCAAGCCUCUGUCUAGCAGAGAUCCCUUACACCCCUCCUACGUCUCGGGACAGCUGGCCCUCGACAGCCAGCAGCAGGGCACUGAGCCACUUGUUAAAGACGAACACGACUUGCUGUCAGAGCAGGAGGACAGUGAGCCGAUGAGCCCUGAGAGCCAGCGCUUUGGGAAUAGUGCCAGGAGCUCAGUGGUGACAGGGUUCGCUGCCCUCUUCCCAGGCAACAACGGUGCUACAGCCGCCCUGCUCUCCCAGGAGGAGGACCUGAUGGACGAGGAGGGGGAGACCUGCAGAGGGAGGGAGGGCGCCCCAGGCAGGGAGGUGGACGGGCGCGGCAGACUGCUGGGGGACAGUGAGGAAGAGGAGGAGGACGACUUGGCCUCUUCAGACAUCUCCACCUCCAGUGGGGUGCUACUGCCCCCGGGCCAACAGGUGUGUGUGUGUCCCCUCUGCAGUAAAGUCUUCCCCAGCCCCCAUGUGCUGCAGCUGCACCUCAGCUCCCACUUCCGCGAGAAGGACGGCGCUCGCUCCAAGCUGUCCCCUGACGGCUCUGUGCCCACAUGCAUGCAGUGCAACAAGACCUUCUCUUGCAUGUACACUCUUAAGCGCCACGAGCGCACGCACUCUGGCGAGAAGCCAUACACCUGUGGCCAAUGUGGAAAGAGCUUCCAGUACUCCCAUAACUUGAGUCGACACGCUGUGGUUCACACACGUGAGAAGCCUCACGCUUGUAAGUGGUGUGAACGGCGCUUCACUCAGUCCGGGGACCUUUACCGCCACAUCAGGAAGUUUCACUGUGGCCUCGUCAAGACUCUCGCCAUUGGAUAAAACACCAGUGCCAUGACAUGAGACAGAAUGUCUUUUCAUACACUGAAUAUUACUACUGAACGAUUUCCCUGCUAAUAAACCCAUGUUGGCAGUUUGCUGGAGACAUAUCUUUUGGAUUCUACCCCAUGUGGCAUUUUUUUUCAAAUUUAAAGAUGUAGCAACUUUAAAAAUUGGAGUUGCUUUCUGUGCUGGACUGUGUUUAGCAUACAUGAUGGUCAGAGGCAGUCAGGUGGAGGCGCACAGGCAGUUAACAUUAACGAGUGCUGCGAAACUCAAGCUGGAUCUGUGUCACUGAAGGUUAACAUAAUCAGAUGAUGCACUUGUUUUUCCUGUCUUGUUUGUGUCAAUCUGUUGAGUUUAUUUGAGGAGUCUAAUUGCUGAAAGAAAAAGCAUCUUAUGUUUAUAUCCCUUUGGGCGAUAGCUAGUGCUAACACACAAUCGUCAGAGUGAGACUUUAUCUGUGUACAUGGGAGAUCAGAACCGUCCGUGAGUAGCAAUAUAUGCUUUUUUUUUUUUUUUUUUUUUAAACACCUACAUAAUUUUAUUAUUUAUUUUUUGGGGGAUUUGUUUAGUGCUUAAGUAAACUUAUCACAAGGCAGCAAAACAAAUGAAGUCUGACUACUGGAAGUGUGAUUUAUUAUCAUCGAAGUAGAGUUUUUUUUUUUUUUGUUUGUUUUUUUUAAUGAAGUUUUUAUGUUUUGUGACAAACAAGCAGACUAUCAUCACCUAUUUUGUCUUUUGUCUUGGGUUGAGUUACCGACUCUGCUUUGGUUUUUAAUGUGAGUGAGCACAUCUUGAUGGAUUCAUCUUCCCAUUGCCAUUAAAAAAGAAGAUGUAUAAUCAGAAAUGAUUUAAACUAAUGCCUGUAACACUGGUGCCUAAGGAAGUUCUUUGUGCUUCACCUGGUGUACUUACUAAAACUAUAAAGAGCUAUUGAGCCAUGCCUUUUGUCAAAUUCAGACUUUUUGCCGUUUAAAAACAAAAAAAAAAAAUUGGGAUUAAACUCCAUAUACCAGGUUUAACAAUAUUUACUCUAGAAUAUAGUGAUCCACAAAUGUCAGCUUGAAAUAAAUAAGUAAAUCAGAUUAAUGUAAAUUAAAUUUUUUUACUCAUUUGGGUUGAAAGCUAAUAAUUGCUGUAAAUUACUUCAUUUCUAGAUGGAGUACACCGAUAGUGUAGAAGGGCAAAACCGAUGUUCGUCGGCAUAAACACUGUUAGUCCAUCAAAGCUGUGCCAUUCAGCUGAAUCUACUGACAUUUCUUUCUUUAAAUUAACAUUUUCACACUACUGUAUGUGUGUAAGUUACUACUGAUGAAGCUUUUCUUGAUGCUGCCUUUGAGAGAGAGCCUUUUGGGCUAGAAAUGCUUCUACUCUCUGCUUGCGUAGUUGCUGUAUGGAUUCUUAAUAGGUGUGUAGCACUAAAACAAUUCAUAUUUGUCUAAUCUGUCCUGAAAAGACUUGAUCAGAAUUUAUUUAUUAGUUUGACUUGGUUCAGGGUUUACUUUAGGUGUAAUUUCUAUUUCUUUAAGCUUGAAAGGCGCUGCGUCUUGCCUAGCAAACUUGGUACUCAUUACUGGUGUUGGGGCUUUCCAUUUUCUCUGUGCAAAAAUCAAGUUACUGUAAUUGUAUUUUAAUAUAUUGUUUAGAAAUCUCUGCAGAGUUCUCAAGAUUUGUCACAUGGAACAUAGAGAAGCACUUGUUUUUUUGUUUUUUGUUUUAGCAUGCAUAUAGUUUCAACACUUGUCUAGGCUGCUAUUUCUUACAAUUUGUGUAUUUAAUGUAAAUAUAUUUAUCAAAUGGUUUGAUUCCAUGUAACAACACAUGCAUGGUUGAGGAGUCAGGUGCCUCAAGUCUCUUAGUGUCACGUCUUCCCCAGGGAGUUUGCUUCCUUUUCCAUAUUCAGGACUUUAUUGGGCUCCGCCUCACUACAAAUCAGAGUAGUUAAAACCACUCCGACUUCUGUUCUGCCACAGGAAACAGUUGUUCACAAGCACAGCCACACUGAUACGGCACUGACUACCUAUAGAAAUGAGACAAUGCAAGCAUUGUCUUUCCACUCCCCUCUCCAGGUUCCAGGUAGUUCUCAAGGGAUCAUUGUGUAUCUGUCCUAGCUGUGGAGAGAAAAGGCACUUUGAGUCUCUCUUUGCACUUUUCUGUAUUGAAUGGAGCCAGUGGAAUGUGAGAAAUGUAUUUAGCAAAGGGAGGCUGUAAACAGGUGUAUUGUUUGGAGGCAUCAAAGAAUGCCCUUUCUCAUCCCAGCAUGCAGUGGAUAAAUCUCUAUUGUGACUUUACACGGAGGAGCUACAGGCAUAGAUUAAAGAUUAUAUCAGAGUAUCUUUUUUUCAAGUGUUUGACAUUUUGGGGAAAAAAUGUUGACGCUGACGCUAAGUGUCCAUUGUAACAUUUCUUUUGUCUUUUUUUUUUUUUAUCAUUAAGACUACAUACAGGACAGGAAAUCCAUGUGAUUUUUCUCAGAAGUCACUAUGAUUUGUCAGCAUUUUUACUAGAGGAGCUCAAGUUCUCUCAGAAUUAACAGCGCUUUUUCAUUUACUCCCUCACUUAGUUCAGCAAUGGAGCUAUAAUGAAUGAAAACACUCCCGUUGUAUUGGUCACAUGACUUCAUAUAUUAAAAAAAACUCAGAUAAAUAGUGCUGAUAAUGUGCAUUUCAAUCACAACCUGCAGGAAUGUAGGUUUUGUAACUCAAUUCUCUUUUUUUUUUUAAAAGAACGUUUUUAUGUGGUGCAAGUUAAAACUGCUUCAGAUUCUCUGAUGUGCACGUAGAAGGCAGUAGAACAACUAAUGACAUGUGAAGAACUUUCUCGUUAUUGUUUGCAGUCUUUAUUUAUACCUCCAAGAUGGUCACCAAACGUGCCUUGUAGACACAAAAAUAGGUGUUUCAUCUGGAGAAGCCCUUGUUCGACAUUUGUAUAUUUUUGCUCGUGGCUGCAGUGAUAAAGCUCAAUCACAGCUACAGUGGCCCGCCGACAAUUCACAACACUUAUUCCUGUUUUUAUUUUUUAUUUUUUAAUAUCAUAUCAAAAUGUUCAUUAAGACAAAACUAAAAGCUCAAAGUCUGUUUUAAAAAAAAGUGCUGCUUUGUGAGAGAUUACAUUGAGCUUCAAAUUAUUUAUGAAUAAAUUUGUUCUGGUUGUGGUAAACUGAAGUCAAGCAUUUUUAUGUUUUGGCUUUUAUCAAGCCUCUUUUACUGGGAACUAACAAUCCAUUUCUUUUUUUCUUAUUUUUUUGGUCACUGUUGAAUGUGAAACACUGAAAUUUUGAUUGUCGACUUGAAACAGUGCUACUCUUGAUCGAGGGCUAUGUUUUUCCUAACUCAUGCUGUAUGUCUAAAAUGACUUUACUUAUACUGGAAUUUUGUCCUCUGCAGGUUACAACUGUGAAAUUGUGUAUAAUCAUGAGAAAUAUUUAUUAUUGCAAAUGCUUCUUGUGCAACAUUUGACUGUCUUGGUUUUAAUUGGUUAUAAAAACAACUUCUUAAUGUCAAACAGAAACAUUUUUAAUAGAAUUUGUAGAAGUGCCAUUAGAAUUUAAUAUAAUUUUUUAAUAAGAAAGGUAUAUUUUAUAGUAAUCAAUGCUUCAGUGUUAGUGGUGUAGAGAUUAGAUGGACAAUCUUUAUGCAGAAUUGACAUUGCUUAGAUUUUGAGGCAAUUUACUUUGAUCUAUAACUGUAUGUGCAUUUUCUUUGCGCUUUUGGGGUGUGUUUGUGUGUGUGUGCUGUGGAAAUGUGACAAUCUUGGUUUAGGUCUUUAUUGAGAUUAUACAUAGAAUUAAAUGGAACAACUUUC